CGCUGCAAGAAGGUAUAAAACCAACAGCUGCACAAUGUGUAUCUACAGAUACUGCUCAGUGGAUUAAAACAUGUGACUACAUCAUCUAUUCUGAAAAGAGACAUCUGCCUGAAGUGAGCCAGCUUCUGGCUGCUGUAUUGUACAACUAGAAUGAUGGACCAUUCUCCAAGAAGUGUGAAAGCAGAAAAAUCAAGAAUUUGACAUCAAUACCAUCAAAGAUUAUGAGGAUUCCUACAGAGCUACAGAAUAUUCAGCUGUUGUGACAAUGGGCUCAGAGCAAACAAUUGCAGACCAAGUAUUUGAAGAAAGGAACUUCAUAUUCUUUUAGUGAUGAACUCAUCUGUGCAGCAAAGUAUACUGGAACUUAACAUCAGCAACUUGGAUGGCAAUAACACAAUGCCAACAAGCAAGACUAAAUUCUCAUCAUGUGAUCAAGUGGCAAUAGCCGCUGAGGUAUUUUUAACUCUUGGCAUUGUAAGUCUCCUGGAAAAUAUACUCGUCAUCACUGCAAUUAUAAAGAACAAGAAUCUCCAUUCCCCUAUGUAUUUCUUUGUAUGUAGCUUAGCAGUGGCUGAUAUGUUAGUCAGCGUGUCCAAUGCUUGGGAGACCAUCGCAAUAAACCUUAUCAAUAAUAAACAUCUAGUUAUGGAAGAUGCUUUUGUACGUCAUAUUGACAACGCUUUUGACUCCAUGAUCUGUAUAUCAGUGGUGGCUUCAAUGUGCAGCUUGCUUGCCAUAGCAGUCGAUAGAUACAUCACCAUUUUUUAUGCUUUACGAUACCAUAACAUCAUGACUGUGAAGAGAGCUGGAGCCAUCAUUGCAUGCAUUUGGACAUUCUGCACUGGAUGUGGUAUUGUCUUUAUUAACUACUAUGAAUCAACGUAUGUCAUAAUAUGUCUUAUUGCCAUGUUUUUCACUAUGCUUUUUCUCAUGGUAUCUUUAUAUAUCCAUAUGUUCUUGCUGGCCCGCACUCAUGUAAAGAGGAUAGCUGCUUUGCCAGGCUACAAUUCAGUCCACCAGAGAACAAGCAUGAAAGGAGCUAUUACCCUAACAAUAUUGAUUGGUAUAUUUAUUGUAUGUUGGGCGCCAUUCUUUCUCCACCUCAUUCUGAUGAUUUCGUGUCCACAGAAUCUUUACUGUGUCUGUUUUAUGUCCCACUUUAAUAUGUACCUCAUUCUAAUAAUGUGUAAUUCUGUCAUUGAUCCUCUAAUAUAUGCAUUCCGCAGUCAAGAAAUGCGAAAGACAUUCAAAGAAAUCAUUUGUUACUGCAAUCUGAGAUUCAUUUGUGAACUACCUAGUAAAUAUUAAUAAAGUACUUGAUGAAGUCACAUUCUGCUUGUCUCCUA